CCAACUCUGCCCAGUUUUCCUUAAACCUCUGAUUGAUCGUCGUGAAGCUUUUACCACAGUUGCUCCCAUGAUUCGAGAAGUUUGCAUUUUCGCCCUCGUGGUUGUUGCCACCUUGGGAGAAGACGACGCCAAAAAGAAAGUUGGACUUCAAGACUUCUUCGAACCAUGCAAAGCACCUUUUGUCACCGCUAAUUAUGAUCCAAAUUGGGAGAAAGAACAAGACAUCAAUGAGAAUUCGACCAUGUACUUUCCCCUCUUAAGCAAGGGUGAAAUGUACCGGUUUUCUCAACAGCUGUACAAAACCCCAGACUUUGAAACGUUCAAAGAGGAACAUUUGGGAAAUUCUUGUAUCCGCUAUAAUCGUGAUGUGACUGGGACUGUCCUGACCGUAAAGGGUUUCGAUGACAAGACUUUUGUAAAAUAUUUAAAUCCCAUUAUUACCGCACCAGGCUCGUUCUACUUUCCUCCAGCAUUUAAUCCAAGUUAUGGUGGCAGAGUGUACCGUUCAUUGACGGAUAAUAAAUCAUUCACGGUGUGGGUAACUUGUCACGAUGAUGGACUUGGAUCAUUUGCUGUCACAUCGUCACAAAAUUCUCUUCCAUCCUUCACUCUCGAUAUUGCACGUGAACAUGUCAAAGCGUUGGGGUUCAAAGAAGAGAAUUUCCUCCAACAGAACUAUAAUCUUGACUGCGAAUCUCCAUUAGAGGAUGUUCCCGUCAUAAAAAAUCUGACCCUUCCCGUCUUCCUGACAAAUGUCCUUCUCCUUCCCAAGGGAUAUCAUUCCAACUUCUUGUACACAGUGAAAAAGUAAAUCCAUGAAGAAAUGUAAUCAUACCGGAUAAAAAUUGUCAUGUAAAAUAUUUUGAUUAAAAUCUCAAUUCGACCAAUAAAAUUUGCGUUUAUACGUUAUGCUCAAA